AUGGCGCUCCGUUCGUUCAGCAAAGACACGCUGCAAGAUAAUUGGUACGAGGAGCGCUGCGAGCCUCUCCAAGGCGUCCUGCCGUACGACGAAAAGACACGCUAUGUGACGACGGUGGAGGCCGAUUUCGUCAAUCCGGUAGCGAUUCAGCGCCGACACGAGCAGCACAAGAAGACGCCGCGCCCGCGCUUGCUUCGCAACGACAACUACGAGGAGGCGGUGGCCGCGCGACCGCUCCGCCAUCGACCGGAAGCGGGUUUUGGCGCCGUGCUCCCGACGCCGGAUCCGAGCCUUUCGAGCCGCCACCUCAAGACGAUCAACCAGGAGGCGUUUGGGCACCUCGCGCUUCCCGCCGGUGGGGCGGGCGGCGUCCGCGUUGAGCACGGGAAGGCGGCGUCGGGCGCGUCGGGCGAAAUCGUUCGGCAGCACGCCGACCCGCAAAAGGACACGCACGCCCAGCGGUCGUGGAUGUACACGAAGGACCCAAUUCUGUCGCGCGUGCGCCCAGGCGGCAGCAACAACCAAGAGGUCGAGGCCAUCAAGAGCCCGCCCGCCCACCACCGGCGCCAAUCAACAAACAUCACGACCGUGUACAAAAAGAAGGAUGGGAUUUACUACGACGACUAG